CAAAGUCAAACUCUGAACAACACAGACAAACAAAAACAGAGCUGCCACGGACAGAUUCACAUAUACAGGCCGUUCACACGCAGCCACACAAGUCCACUGAAAUGACUCCUAACAUCCAGACUCCCACCUUCUACAGCCACAUUUCCAACUCCUCUGCUUCUGCCAUGCAUCCUCAGUCGGUCAGUUCCCCCUCCCUUUGUGAGAAAAAUCACAUCCCUAUUUUUACAGUGCAGUCAAGGACAGCUACCAGUGUUUACACUUCUGUGCCCUCCACCAGCUGCUCAUCUUCCCUUCCUCCUCUUAUGUCUUCUUCUACGACUCUAAAUCCUCCCCUACCUCCGUGCUCAGCAUCCUCUUCUUUGACCUCAACUCCUCCCAUCCCUAAACCUCGUACUGUCCAGCUAGUUAUCAAAGACGAUGGCACCAGCGACAAGAAGCUGCCAGAGAUUAGUGUUGUAAAGAGACCUGAGUGCUUGGCCAGCAGGGGGCAAUUAGUGGUCCACAGUACAUCUGAUGUAGCAAAUGUGGUGCAGACACCACCAGAAAAAGAGUCAGAGACUGUCCCACAACUGCAGAACAACAGUGGGAGCAAAACAAGAGCUCAAAAAGACAGUGAGAACACAGGAAGCCCAGAAGUAGCUUCACAGCAAAAGCAGAAUGUUACUUCCCAAGAGACAGAGGGUGAGGAAAAAAAGCAAUCAGCCACUGGAACCAAACCAAAAGCCCAAUUAAAUGUUUUGAUAACUGAUGCACCAAAGGCAGAAAAUGUGAAUAUUCAAGAAAUAAUUCCAAAAGAAGUUGAGCCAAAGAGUUUGACAUCAGCAGUCUGCAAAAUAACCCCAAAGACAGAGACAGACUGUGCAGCCACAGUACAGACAGACACCAAGGCCCCAGAAAAAACCCUUAUAGGCUGUGAGUUUGGUAAAGUGCCAAAUGAAAAAAGUGAAAAUGUGUUACAACGCACAACAUACCUUGCAAGACCUCAUGAACGUCAGAGAAUGUCAUAUUGUGAAUUGGAUCCACCUGAUAUAGAUAUGUUGGAGACUGUGGACUCUUUAAAAGGUUCGAUACACACUUCUGUUCCUGCAACAACUAACUCACACAUAUCCAAAGACAGCGGCGAUGACAGUACGCACAGUCAGCAAGGUAAUCCGAGUGUCACAUCAGCCCACCACACAGACAAUAAGCCAAAUACGGCAAAACAUAAACACCUCAGUAUCACCUCUCAAGAAUCCCAACAGACCCCCAAAGCACAGGGAAGCUUACACACUCCUGAAAGACCCCUACGCUUAUAUUUCUUGGACACACACAUGCCAGACUUAUGUUCACGGACCGCUGAGCAAGAAUCGCGGCCAUUAACCGCUGUGGUACGGACUCCUACUCCAGAUGGAUUUUUACCACGCAUGCCAACCCCAGACUCACGAAUGCACACACCGGAACCACGGCCAUACACUCCAGCCUCACGAAUGCCUACGCCCGGCGUUAGCGACGGGUAUAUCUCACCGCGGGGGGGCUCCACUGUCUCCACCACCUCGGAGGAGUAUUAUGAAUGUAGUGACUCUUCAUUCCAUGAACCUGUUUUCGACCGAGCAGCUUUUCGCAACCACGGGACGACAGUGGAUCAUGAUAGCUUCACACAGACAAAUACCCCAAAUGCUACAACCAUUACCACCACUGCCACCAGUCCUGCAUAUAUAAAUAACACCACUAGUACUACUAUGUUAGGCACUACAGACAGCAAUACCUCUAGUAAUGAAACACAGAGUUUGUCUGGGCCUGCUAGAGUGUCCACUUCAGACCAUCUUAAACAGGCUAAAGAAUCGACAGAGGUAGUAGACAAAGACCAGGAGGCCCAACCCCAAGCCCCUAAAAGAAAACAGGUGCUAAACCAAUCAGCAGGACAAAGACUGGUCGACAGAGGAGUGACUCCAAGUGAAUCAACCAAGAAGGCAACGGAUGCAAAGCGACUGUCCACUGGUGACCUUAAUCCAGAGAAGGUUUCUUCUGAGAAACCAGACAAAGAGAAAGUUGUGGACAAAGCACUAAAACCCGGUGGUGUGGAGAGGAGAGACAGGCCCCAGUCAACCAGAGAGACUGAGGGACAGAGGGUGUCUUUUCAGUAUGCACCAGCAGAGCGUCACUAA